UUUGACUCACAGAUUGGAGAGCUUCUGAGCACCAUACAUCCAGCCAACAAAGCCAAUUUAACUAUUUUCUGUCCGGAGCAUGGUGACUGGAAAAAUUCAAACCUGGACAAACACAACUUGCAGGACUUCAUUCAUAUGAAGCUAAACUCCCCAACCAUCCUUCCAGAAAUGGAAGGUCUUUCUGAAUUCACAGAGUACCUGUCAGAAUCUGUAGAAAUCCCAUCCCCAUUUGACAUGCUUGAACCCCCAACUUCAGGGGGGUUCCUAAAAUUAUCCAAACCAUGCUGUUAUAUUUUCCCUGGUGGACGGGGUGAUUCAGCACUGUUUGCGGUUAACGGCUUCAACAUGCUGAUUAAUGGUGGAUCUGAUAGAAAAUCAUGUUUUUGGAAGCUGGUACGACAUCUGGACAGAGUGGAUUCUGUUCUCCUUACACACAUUGGAGAUGACAACCUUCCUGGUAUCAAUAGCAUGCUGCAGCGCAAAAUAGCCGAACUUGAGGAGGAACAGUCACAGGAAUCCACAGCUAACAGUGACUGGACAAAGAAUAUGAUCUCACCUGAUAUUGGAGUUAUGUUUGUCAACGUGCCCCAGAACCUAGAAAACCUUGAGCCCAACUACAGGAUUAGGAGAAAUGCUGAGGAGGCAUCUCUCACGCUGCAGUACCUAAACAAGCUGUCUUUAAAGCCUGAACCUCUGCAUAGGAAUAUUGGGAAUACAGUAGAACCAAUUAUACUUUUCCAGAAA